AUGGCAGCGGCGCUCCGAGCGAUGCAGGCGGCUUUGCUGGACCCUAAGAUCAGCUCAGGCGAUGAUAUACUAGCUGCCACUGCCCUUCUUGCACCGUUCGAAGGUGUCAUGAAGAAGAGCGACAUUCCCAUGCACUCCCAUAUCGAGGGUCUCGCAGCGGUCCUGGCUUCGAGGCCGCCAGCUUUUGCAAUCUCGCAGCUUAGUAGAGACGUUCUCGACUUCCACUCUUAUGAUGCUUCGAUUAUGGCGUGCAUUCAAGGCGUGCCUUCAAUGCUGGAAGACGUCGAUCGUGGCUACUACGCCAUUCAACCCGGACUGUCGACUUCCGGGCAAGCUCAGCUGAGAGCAAUGGGCAUUGAGCUCUUGAUCCGCAUACCGCGACUGGUCCACUUCGCUCAAAUGCUCAGCCCGUCGAAUUCUUCUGUCGCGGACGUGCUACACCAGGCACUUGCGUAUGCCAAGGAACUACUACAGCUGCGCGAUACGCAAGCCGAGAACAUCUUUCUACGAAGUAUCAGUUCAUGUCCCGCUGGAAUGGCGUCUGACACGUCGAUGAAUUCUAGCAGUCUACAAUACGCCUCGGCCAAAAGCUACGAGGGUGCUGCCUACUACUGGCAAGGUCCGGAAAGGAUGCAAAGCAUCCGCCAUGCUUCUUUAGACCUCGUAGAGAUGGAAGCAGAGCUCGCUCGGAAUGUUCAGACUGUUGUGAUGUCCAUGAAAUACGCCAGCAGCAUAAGACUGCGCCAACGAAGACGACUCUUCGCCCAAGGCCUUGUACUUCUCUGGGGUCUUCUGCGGGACCUGCCUCAUGUUUUUCACGCUUUUCCAGACAACGAAGAAAGAUCUUUGCUGCGAAACACAUUCUUACUAAAUGUCAACCACGCUCUUGCUGCUGACCCAAAGCUGACUGGCGAUGAUAUGAACAAGGCAGCAGAUCUGCUCAUUAGCGUCUCGCGCACAGGCAGGUUCGCAGAGCUGUUUGGACUAUUCAUACUCACGUAA